AGCUAGGUUCUUUCAUUUUGUGUGGUUGUCGAUAUCGACUCGAUUUGUGGCAAUUUUCCAUAUAAUUAAACAUAUAACAAUUUAUAAAAAAUGAAUUCACCUCCCGUUUUUAUUGACUUGUCGCUGGAUGAACAGGUACAAGAAUUGAGAAAGUUCUUUAAAAAACUUGGAGCAGAAAUAUCGUCAGAGAAAUCGAAUAAAGGAGUUGAAGAUGAUUUACAUAAAAUUAUCGGGGUUUGUGAUGUGUGUUUCAAAGAUGGUGAACCAACACAAAUCGAUGGAAUACUAAACAGUAUUGUAUCAAUUAUGAUUACGAUUCCUCUCGAUCGUGGUGAAAAUAUUGUACUGGCUUAUUGUGAAAAGAUGACAAAAGCGCCAAAUGUUCCACUUGCAAAAGUUUGCUUACAAUCACUAUGGAGAUUAUUUAAUAAUUUGGACACAGCCUCCCCAUUACGUUACCAUGUUUACUAUCAUCUUGUGCAGGUGGCUAAACAGUGCGAUCAAGUUUUGGAAGUUUUCAGUGGUGUUGAUCAGUUAAAAUCGCACUUUGCAAAUUGUCCACCUUCAGGUGAGCAAAUGCAAAAACUUUAUCGCUUAUUACACGAUGUCACCAAGGACAGUAAUAUUGAGUUAUCAGCAAAGGUAAUGAUAGAAUUAUUGGGAACAUAUACUGCUGAUAAUGCUUGUGUCGCCCGUGAAGAUGCAAUGAAGUGUAUUGUUACAGCUUUAGCUGAUCCAAACACAUUCCUUCUUGAUCCACUACUGGCAUUAAAGCCAGUACGUUUUCUGGAAGGUGAUCUUAUACAUGAUUUACUUUCAAUUUUCGUGUCUGACAAACUGCCAUCAUAUAUACAAUUUUAUGAAGAUCAUAAAGAAUUUGUUAACUCACAAGGUUUAAAUCAUGAACAAAAUAUGAAAAAAAUGCGGCUGUUAACAUUUAUGCAAUUGGCUGAAAGUAAUCCUGAAAUGUCUUUUGAAACCUUGACAAAAGAGUUGCAAAUUUCAGAAGAUGAGGUUGAACCGUUCGUCAUUGAAGUGCUCAAAACAAAGUUGGUGAGAGCAAGAUUAGAUCAAGCGAAUCGAAAAGUUCAUAUAUCAUCGACUAUGCAUCGUACAUUUGGAACCACACAGUGGGAGCAACUACGUGAUCUUUUACAUUCAUGGAAAGAUAGCCUCAGCAGUGUACGUGAAGGAUUGGCAAAUGUGUCUGCUGCCCAACUAGAAUUAGCCCGCAAUCAACGAUUGAUACAUUGAUAUAUAACUUAGUGGUUUGAUUUAAUUAAUAUUCAAGAACAUAAUAUUCACCAUGUUUUUCAUGAGCAAUUGACUAAGCGUCUUUAUCAAAUAAUUAGGAAAUAAUUUUCUACUUAAAUUUAAAGAUGAAUGGUUAAGUACUUUUAUUUCAAUUUUUAUUGCUGUCGAAAUUUAAUACAUUAUAAACUUUUAUAUUAAAAUAAAAAGUACGCAAAUGAAAUAUUAUUUUGAUUUAUAUGCUAAAAGGAAUUCGGAUUUGAUAUAUUUGAGUAUUGUUAAAUAUUAAAAUGCUACAUUUAGACUGAACUGAAUGCAACAACAAGGACCAUAAUUUUUAAAUAGAAUUGCAAAAAAUUCUUUUCAUAAUAAUAGUAUGUUUACACUUAAAAUUAUCGAACCUCAAUAUCACAUUUUUGUAUUUAUAUUAAAUACAAAUGACACUUAUUGAUGCACAUUUGUCAAGUUAAUUGCGAUAAUGUAAAC